AUGAAAGUAUCUAAUUCCAAAGAAAACAGACAUCAUAAUAGUUAAAGAAAGAUGUCUGAUUUUAUAAAAAGCACAUUAGGAAGUAAUUAAUAAUUAGGUCAACCAUCAUUGAACAAAAAGAAUGCUUUAAAUGAGUUAGAAAAUCAAUUGUAAUAGAAGGUAAAAACAAAGAGUCAAUUUUAAUAAGUUCGUAUAGUGAAAGAGAAUUAAGAUAUGAGAUAGAGUUAAGAAAAUAGGGAAAUGGUUUAAUAAAUUUAAUAAUAGUAAAACAUUGAUAGAUAAGCAUAUUUAGUAUAGGUAUAUAUAAUGAAUGUAUAUAAUGAAGACAGGUAAUUUUGAUCAUCCUGAAUCUUAAUUAUCACAUAGAAUAAGUACAUAAAGAACUUUGGCAGCCUUUGAAAUUCAUGAGUAGAUUCCAACAAUUGAUGAUUUAAGAAGAUUAUAAAAUUAGAUAUUAGAUUUGAAUAGUUUUAGUGUAGAGUAGAUGGAUGAACUUAAAAAAUUAUCUUCAAUUAUACUAUUUAGAAUGAGGAAUAUAAAAAAAUAAAGAUUCAUAAUUUAUAUAAAAAUAUUAUAUAUUUAAAUGGACAAGAAAUACUAAGACUUAUUUGAAAAGAAAGGUAUACUAGAGAAUGAUCUUAAAAAUUUGGAGAAGAGUAUUUUUGAUGAAGAAACAAGAUAUUUGGAAGAGACAGGUCAUAUUGGAAAUGUGAUUAAAGGUUGGGAAGGAUAUUUGAGUAUGAAGAAUUAAAAAUUGAAUGGAAAUUUGUAAAGAAAAGGAAAGAUCAAUCCAUAAGAUAGAAUAUUUUCAUAAAGUAGCAAAAAUUCAACUUUUGUUUAAGAGAUUUUACAACCAAUUUAGACAACAGGAACAUAAAAAUAAAAUUUUAAUGAAGGAAGUGCAGAAGAAAAAAAAGAAUAUCAUUUUAGAAGAACUAAGAUAAAAAACAAAUAUGUGAGAUUUCAAAAAGGAAGGUAAAUAAUAUAAAAAAUAAGUUAGUGAAGGAGGCUAUCAUUCUCCAAUGACUUCAAGCGAUGAAUAUCAUGAAAAGAAGGGCAAGGUACCAAAAAAAUUUUGA